CCGAGGGGCGGUGUUUAAAAAUGGCCGCGCACUUGGCCAAUGGCAGGGUAAACGUCGCGUUGCUGCGUGAGGCAGCUAGAAGAGAACUGAUCGAAUUGCUCGACAAAUGCAAUGGUACCAAGGCUAUCGUGUGGGACGAGUCCCUGGCUGGGCCCUUCAGCCUUAUCGCAGAGUUCGGUCUGCUGCGGGAUCAUCAGGUGACCCAGAUGUUCCACUUGUCCAACCAGCGUCCCGUGAGCACCACAGCCCAGCACGUGAUCUACAUGGUGCGGCCCCAACUCGCCCUGAUGGACAUCAUCGCAGAGCAAGUGCUCGAGCAAGCCCGGCAACCAAGCAGCCAGCGUAAGGAGUUCCACGUGUUUUUUGUGCCCCGCAAGAGCCAACCUUGUGUCCGCCAACUGGAGGAACGUGGAGUGUAUGGAGAGCUGGACAUAGAAGAGUACGCCCUCGAACUGUUUCCUGUGGACAGUGAUGUGCUUUCAAUGGAAAUGGAUGCUUCCUUCAAGGAGUGCCACGUGGAGGAAGACACCACCUCAAUGCACUAUGUGGCCCGUGCACUGAUGACCCUGCAGUCUCUCUACGGAGUCAUUCCGAAUGUCUACGCCAAGGGAAAGACGGCCAAGCUGGUGGGCGACCUGCUGGUGCGCCUGCGCCGAGAGCAGGUGGGCCGGGAGGCACCCCUGGUGCCCCAGGUGGACACCCUGCUGCUGUUGGACCGGCAGGUGGACCUGCUCACUCCCCUGGCCACCCAGCUCACCUACCAGGGCCUGUUGGACGAGCUGUUUGGGGUGCAGCACAACCUGGUGCGGCUGCCCGAGACCUCUUCUUCGGAAGGGGCAGGCAGCCGCCAGCAGCUGUGCCUCAACUCGGCCGAGGAGCUCUUUGCCGACCUACGCGACCGCAACUUCAACGCGGUUGGCCCCCUGCUCAGUCGGGAGGCCAAGAGCCUGACGUCCCAGUACGAGGUGCGUCAUGACGCCAGAACCAUUGGGGAGAUCAAGCAGUUUGUGGACCGGCUACCCAGCAUGCAGCUGAAGCGCAAGUCGCUUGCCAACCACACUUCCCUGGCAGAAGAGAUCAAGAAGGUCACAGACCAGGAGUCCUUCUUUGAAAACCUUGCUGUCGAACAAGAAUUCAUGAAUGGCAUUGACACGGACAAAGUGCACCCUCACAUUGAGGACUGCAUCGCUCGACAGGAGGACAUUAUCAAGGUUCUGCGGUUGAUGUGCAUGCAGAGUGUGGCCAACAAUGGUCUCAAGCCCAAGGUUCUGGACCACUAUAGGCGAGAGAUCCUCCAGACGUACGGCUACCGGCAGUUGCUGUGGCUACUACGGCUGGAGAAAGCUGGCCUGCUACGUGCGCAGGAGCACAAGAACUAUUUCUCCACACUGCGCAAGACACUCAAGCUCAAUGUUGAAGAUGUCAGUGAGCAGGUUCCCAACGACCUGUCGUACGUGUACAGUGGCUAUGCACCACUGAGCGUGAGGCUGGCCCAGUUCCUGGCACUGCCUGGCUGGCGUGCCAUCUCGGAGGCCCUCGCCUUGCUGCCAGGGCCCACACUCACUGACCUGCAGCAGCGCCCAACAGCCGGCCGCAUGCCCAGGCGUGGAUCGGUGAGCUCCCUACAGUCGUCAAGCGCGGAAGAGCCCAAGGUGACGCUGGUGUUCUUCCUGGGAGGCUGCACGUAUGCGGAGAUCUCGGCCCUGCGUUUCCUCUCCCAGCAAGAUGAUGCACCUGUGGAGUACUUGGUGGCGACCACAAAGCUCAUCAAUGGACGUACAUUUCUCCAAUCCCUGAAUGAGCCACUCAACCCACCCCUGUGAAGAAAUAAAUUUAUAGUUCCUAA